AUGGCCGAUGGUCCAGCCCAACCCGGAGAAGCACUGGUGGUCAUCACAAAUGCAGACAUAUAUAUUAAGGAGUCAGCUAUCACCCAGCAGCUCCGCGAUACAGGAAUAGAGUUCAAUCGUGUCAUCAAGAAGCGAGGAUCCCAGCGGGCAUUUGUUUUCUUCCAGACGGCUGACAAUCUUGACCAGGCUGCUGCUUUAAUACGGAUGCUCAAGGCCCCAAUUAGCCAGCAGCUUUACGUCUGCGAUGUAGUCUCGCAUGGGUCUGUCCCCACGCUGCCGGCCACUGUCAUUGGUGCGGAUGUGAAGACGGUGAAAGGCCUCCUCAACUUCUCUCAACUUAAUGACAAUCCAGAGGACGAGACAGUUCCAAACAAAUCAAUGACUCUCCCAUUUGAUGAGCACAGUCUGUCGGCUGCCACAGACCAACCUCAACAGCCAAUCAACUUCCUACCACCCAAGCGGUUAAUAGCACGAUCAUCAGCGCACAUAGUGCAGGUUGUUGCUCCGUAUUAUAGUGACAAUUCCGAAGAUGAGCUCCAGACUAAGUCCAAGUUGAUACGAAACGCAGUCAAAGGCCAGAUGGCAAAGAUGUACAAAAAUCAUAGAAAUACAGCUGUAAUUCCACUGUGGGCUAAAAGGAAUGAGUGUGUGAUUCACCUUCGGCAACCAGUGCCCGUUUACUCUCCGCCCCUCCUAACGGAAUAUAGAUCAAAGGUGGAGUUUACUAUUGGAUGGACAGAGAGUGUACUGGACUCCCCAUGCGGCUCGGUCAAAGCAAGGAGUGACGCCUCUGAUGGCGCCCAUUCGCCAAUAACCAUUGCUGUUGGCCCAUGUGUUCGUCAAGGGAAACGUGUUACCAUUUUUAGUUCUGCCCAUCUGCACGAAGCAUGCAUCUUUCCACCCGUUACUACGAAGUUAUCAAGCACCCUUGAAACUGUGCUCUCCGAGGCCCAUGCGUCAGGGCACCUGUCUGAAGAUGAUCUAUCUCUCUUUACUACUCUGGCUAUAAGGUGUACCGGCAGUACGUCGGUCGUACGCUUCGAUGUGACACAGCUCCUUGUGGGAGUCUUCCUCCGUAUAGAGUUGCCUGAUGCAACGCCUCCCGACGAUUUUCAGCAUCCAGAAAGCGAUCCCAAUCAACUCUCCUCUUCAUAUGUAGCCCAGGAAGUAACUUCAGACUAUAGCAUUGCGCUUCAGAAGGCAUGGCCACUAAUUCUGAAGUUUCACGACCAUGUGCAUGACACACUGAAGAGUCGCUAUCAUAUUGUGUUUUAUGUUAAGGCUACAGCCGUUCAGAAAGGAACGCCCCACCGUGAUCGUUACUAUCCAGUGACGUCUACACCGAUGGAGACGAGCCCGUCACGCUUUUACAUUACGCAGACACUUUAUAAUCUCAAUUUCCGAAUAGGGCCAGAGACUUUCUUUCAAUCUAAUCUAGCAGCAUUCACUAUGCUACUGGACUACAUCUCAGACAUAGUGGUCACCAUACUGGAGUCAUCCCAUAUGAGCUCCCAUAAGGAUGAGAUCAGCUCCUCUCUCCUGACUGUUGAGCUACUCGACAUCUGCUGUGGAAGCGGCGUUAUUGGACAAUGCCUGGCGCAGGUCGUUCUUAAGAAGAUGAUAAAUGUUCAAAAUCUGCACGUCAACAUCAAGGGACUAGAUUGUUCACAGAAUGCAAUCUGGAACGCCGAAUUUAACGCUUCAGAAAACUUCAAAGACAAUCCUAAUAUAUCUGCGCUUUAUAUAUGCGGAAAGGCAGAGCAAACGCCAGAGUAUUUUUCUGGAUCGGCAAAGAUAGGUAUUCUAGAUCCACCAAGAACAGGGGUUUUUCAGAGUGUCCUCACGGCGAUACGUCACUCAACUUUAGAGUACUUAAUAUACAUAUCGUGCAAUCCUAAAACAAUGAGCCAAAAUAUCAUCGACCUUUCGAUUGUAUCUACAGAUUCAGACCUCUCUAAGCGGACGGCGCCCUUCUAUGUCGAGUCUCUUGUAGGUUUCAAUAUGUUUCCUGGCUGUGAGCAUGUAGAGACGGUAGCUAUUUUGCAUCGAUGUCCCGACUUGGAGGGUACACCUCCCAAGAAAAUAUCUACCCCUGUCUCUGCAGACGAACAAGCCUAG